GCUCGGUGACAGCGGCGACGGCAGUUCCCCCGCGGCGCAUUCCCUCCGGCGGCGGCCGGCGAGGCCAGACCCCAGAGUUCCGGCACCGCGACCACCCCGCGGCUUCCUGGAGGCGGCGGCCCGCAAUUGCGAGGCUGAGUGAUGGAUGAUCUGCAGGCUCAGAACCUGUCCAUGGACAUGGGCGACUCCUCUCCAGCCUUGGGCAACAACAGACUGGAGAACGGCAUGGCCCAGCUCAUCACCACUGAGGCCUGGAACAUCAACUCCACCGAUCUGGUCAAGAAAGCCCUGGUGACCGUGCCAGCUCCGUCCAUUCUGAACCCGCCAUCUGAGUCACAGAGCGGCAUGGCUUUGAAGGUAGCGGCCACCGUGCUACAGCCCUUGUGUCUGGGAGAGAGCCCGGUGGUGAUGCCCAUCCACAUGCAGGUGGAGGGCGGCUCAGCCCCUGAGCUCAACCCCAACACCAAUGCCGCCACCUAUGUGAUGACCACGCAGGGCCCGGUGCAGCUGCCCGUGGUGCUGGAGCAACACGUGUUCCAGCAUCUCAACUCCCCGCUGGUACUGCCGCAGGAAACACCCUGCUCCUCCAAUGCCAUCCACAGCAACCUGUUCCAGGGGGGCGAGGACCCCGAGGCACAGCCCCAACUCCUGGACCUGAGGAUCUCCAGCCAACCACAAGAGCCUCCCUUGCCCUUUGAAGCUGUGCUCCAGAAUCUGUUUCCCUCGCAGGGAGCGCUUGGCCCCCCACCCUGCCAACCUCCUCCUGGGUAUGCCCCGGCACCCCCUCAAACCUUUAAUUCCCCAUUGUCACCCCUAGUCCCGCCAGCCACCCUCUUGGUCCCCUAUCCUGUGAUUGUGCCCUUGCCUGUGCCAAUCCCCAUCCCCAUCCCCAUCCCAGUGCCUCAGAGUUCCGAGUCCAAGUUCAGCCCCAGCUGCGCCAAACCUCCGCCCGCCUUCGGAGUGCACCCCUUGAAAGGCACCCAGACUCCCCUGGAGAAGGAUGAACUAAAGCCGUUCCACCUGCUCCAGCCCAGGGAGUACUUCCAGCUGAGCCGCCACACGGUGAUCAAGAUGGGCAGUGAGAACGAGGCCCUGGAUCUCUCCAUGAAGUCGGUGCCCUGGCACAAAGCUGGCCAAGUUAGCCCCCACGUCUGCCAGGAGGAAGCAGCUCUGGACCUCUCCCUGGCAGCGCAGCGCAAAGCAGAGCGCCCCCUGGAGGCACCGUACGAGAGCGGCCUGGUGCUCCUGGACACUGCAGCUCCCGCCCCGAUGGAGAAGCCGCCCAGCGGUGUGGACGCGCCCUUCUCCGCGGGCCCGGCCCGGGCAGUCCCGGGCUUGAUGGAGAAGCAGCUGGGUUGCAGCGACACCCCCGAGCAGCUCAACCAGCCCCCCCAAGUCAGUGGCGGCGGCGGCGGUGGAGGUGGAGGUGGUGGCGGUGGAGGCGGUGGCGGUGGCUGCUGCGGUGGCGACGUCAAGGCAGAAACCAGCGCGGAGAUGGCGAGCGAGUCGCAGGCGGCCAAGGUGAUCGUGUCGGUGGAAGACGCCGUGCCCGCCAUCUACUGCGGCAAGAUCAAGGGCCUCUCGGGGGUGUCCACCAAAAACUUCUCCUUCAAAAGAGAAGACUCCGUGCUGCACAGCUACGACAUCAGCAGCCCCGGAGAAGAGGCCCUGGGGAGCGCAGAGGCCCUGCGGAAGCCCAUCAAAAACCGAUGCAUAAAGUUAAAGAAAGUGAACUCCCAGGAAAUCCACAUGCUCCCCAUCAAAAAACAACGGCUGGCCACCUUCUUCCCGAGAAAGUAGAUAAUGGCCUUUUUUUUUUUUUUUUUUUUUUGAGAUUUUUAUGAUUUGGGGGUGGGAAGGGGAAAAGGUACAUCGCUUUUCUAAAAGGCAUUUCAAACGCAAAAAAAAAUAUCUUUGUUAAUUAUUGGGGGGGAAGUAGUAAAGAAACGGGAAGGCAAAUUGGCUGUAGAGGCCCUGUAAGCUAGUAUCAUUUUCUUUUUUUAAUUUUUGACUUUUCACAAAUGAGUACAUAAGAGCAACCUAUUUUUCAAGCAGAUUGCACAUUUUUUGCAGCUUUAAUGGAAUAUUGGGUGAAUGAGAGGGGGUAAAAUAAAAAGCUAUUUUCAUUGCCACAAAGUGCUUUGAUGAUGUAAUACCUAAUAAAGGGUAGGAUGAAUAUUUCACAAUAAAUGUUUGUUUGCACUAA